CAAUAGUGAGCAUCAGACCGGGCACCGCGUCCUCCUUGAAAGACAUCGCACGCUGUGGCACUGGAUACUGGAUAAAGAAAUAGCGUGGGAAAACACACUGAGGGCGGGCUGAUUCGGUAGUCGUCUUUCUUUAGUUCUCUGCACUCAUUAGAUCUGCUCCCAGAGUUUUGCGAGCUGAAGUGGAGCGUGAUUUGAAACAAUAACAUCCUGGUUGCGUAGGCAAUAGCGAGCUGACAAAGAUGAAAGUAGAGAAAGGCUCUGGUCCAGUUCUCUGGCGAGGAAACGGCACAAUGGAUUAGCGUUUUAGUGUAGUAAAUGUUCACACUUGGACAUUUAUGACUGUUUAGUUUUGUUGAAUACAAACGCAGCGGCGCGAGGGGAAUGCAGCCGCGCGACUCGAACUGUCUUCAGCUGCAUGGAUUGCCUUUGCUGGCGUAGGCGUUUGUUUCUCUCAGUGGUAUUGGACACAGGCCAAGUUUGAAGGACUAAGAGGCAGCAGGGUGAGUGUUGUGGAACAGGGUGAUGACGGUCAAGGAUUCUCUAUUGCCAGCCCUACGGCAUGUCAUGAAGAAGUCUGCUCAACUUUUUCUGCUGUUCCUGCUGGUGUGGAUGCUGCUCUUCUUUCUUGGCUUUUCCUACUUCACUGAAUCCCAGGUGAACCAGCCCCAUAGGACGACUUCCCUCCUCAACUCUGAAUCUCAACACUCAAUCCAUGUUCAGCGUAGUUCCCGGGCCAUCAUGGCGUCCCGUAAUGCUCGCUGGGGUUUGUUUGCAGAGAGAAGGGGUCCUUUCCAGCACAGGCAAGUCUUUCAACCUCCGCACACUAGAAAAGAGUUUAAGAAGCAUGUGAUGAAGUCUCCUGAAAAUGACUUUUCCAACACCUGGUCGGUGGUCCGUGGUCUGUGGAAGGGACAGGCAUCCUACAAAUCCCUAAGCAAACGACUACAGAAAGCCGUCAAGGACCAUGUUCACUCUAAUAAGCACAAGGUUCAGUACAGAGGCCAACGUAAAACAAACAAGGGUAGGGAGGAGAUACUGUGUCAGAUGAAAGAGCAAGCUCAGCUCAGGACUCUGGAUAGCUCUGAACAGCCCUUCGCUGGCCUAGGUUUUCAACAGCUGGAUCCUCCUCAACUAAAGCAGGCGUACAGGACAUGUGCCGUGGUGACUUCAGCAGGGGCGAUUCUUAACUCGUCACUGGGGCUUGAAAUUGAUUCCCAUGAUGCAGUGCUGCGUUUCAAUGCCGCACCCUCCAAGGGCUUUGAAAGAGACGUGGGCAGCAAGACAACCAUUCGAAUCAUGAACUCUCAGAUUCUAGCAAAUCGCCAACACAAAUUCAACAGCAGUUUGCUCUAUAAGAACAUUACCUUGGUAGCCUGGGAUCCUGCUCCUUAUAACAUUGACCUGAAAAAGUGGUACCAGCAUCCCGAUUAUGACCUUUUUACUCCAUACGUAACUCACAGGAAGAACUUCCCUGAGCAGCCCUUUUAUAUCCUGCAUCCUUCCUUUAUCUGGAAACUUUGGGAUAUUGUGCAAAGCAACACACGGGAGAACAUUCAACAGAACCCUCCUUCCUCAGGAUUUAUAGGUAUAGUCCUGAUGAUGAACCUUUGUGAGGAGGUCCAUGUGUACGAGUACAUUCCUUCUAUCAGACAAACUGAUCUUUGCCACUACCAUGAGAUGUAUUACGACGCAGCCUGCACAUUUGGGGCAUACCACCCUCUGCUUUAUGAGAAACUGCUUGUCAAGCGCAUGAGCACAGCUUCUGAGAAGGACCUCAAGAAAAAGGGAAAGGUCACACUGCCAGGAUUCAGUAAGAUCAACUGUCCGCUGUGAUUUAAAGACUCUAACAUAUGAAGGUGUACAGGUUUUCAAGACAGUACAACCCCAUUUGACUUAAACUAACAGACUUUUGUCAUCUAAUAAGGGUUUUAUCUAACAAUCUGAGACAAGACAUUGGACUGAUCAGAAUAAUUAACAGCACUUUCACAGAAGUCUUCAUCUCAUAUGGCCCUUAUGCUAAAAGACAUUAAAUCUAACACUGGCAACAGUCAGAAGUGACCUCAAUUCACAGAUUAAGGAUUACUGUAAAUUGUCUGUGAUGUAGGACAAAAAGCUACUGAAAUAACACACAUCAGAUUGUAAAUAUGAUGAUCCACUUACACCGUUUCCUGAGUGGAAUCAAAUUCUAGUUUGAGUUCUAAUUAUAACAAAGAAAAAAGUAUGAAGAGAGGAUUGAGGAAGUUUUAAAUUUCCCAAAUGUUGGGAUUACCACAUUACACAGUGAUACAUUAUUAUUAUUUUUUUAAUCACUGUUAUUUAAGGCUGCUCACAUUUUGUAAAGAACAAUUAACUUUGAAUGUUUAAUGUGGUAAGCUACAGUUUGAAAUGAGUCAAGAUGGAAAGAGAUUUCUCCUUUCUGUCUAUCUGUGCUGUACUUAUAAUGUUUUGGGGUAAAUUUCAAUUAAAUCGUUUGCACUUCUCAUCAGUUAGAUGACACUUUAAAGCUUUUAUUUUACUAUAGAGCCAAGAUAAUUCGAUUUUAACUGUAGAGAAUUGAUCAAUGUAAUUUUUAAAUGUGUUUUAUAAAUUAUUUUUUUUCAUAAUAUAAAUCUUUUUUGAAUGUGAACUACUAUGACAGACCUCUCUGAGAAGUUAAACUGACCUUUGUGCAUAUAAUUAUCCUUUUUUAUCUACUUGUUGCUCUUUAGUAAAAAGUGGGUACAUGUAUUUCAAAAACCUGUAAUAUAUUUUCACAAGCUGCACCAAUACUUAUCUGCUGUUAUUAUCUAAAGAACUCACAUUUUGAAUGGGGUUUAGUAUUAUUUAUCAUUUCUGACAAUCAAUUCAGUACUUGACAUUGUUAAGUACCAUUAAUUUGUUCUUCAUUGUGGAAGUAGAUUUACACUGAGUAAAGACAAUAAAAACAAUGUAUUUUGUGGAAGAAAUGUAAAUUUAUGCGCCCAUGUGGUUAUGUAUUUCUCAGUGUAUAUCAUAUCCCAUUAUUCAGUGCUAAUUAAAAAGUUGGAAAUGUCUAA